AUGGAGUUGAGAAACUUCAUUGACCCCCUCUUCUUCGCUCUGGGAUUUCUCUUCAACAUCCUGUCUCAGCUUCUAUCUUACCUUCUCUCCUUGCUGAGCCUCCUGGUCUCCCCCUUAUUAUACAUCACCCAUGGUCUACUCUCCAUAGCAUUGUGGCCCUUACGAGUAUUGCUCAAAUUCGAGGCCUUCAUUCUCUUCAUCACUGGAGCCGUGUUUACCGGAGUCAUUGUAGGGCUAUGCCUUUAUUUCACCGGCGAUGCCCUGACUCAGCUCCUACACCUGUAUCCCUCACCUCAAACAUCUGAUUCCAGAGAGCUUGUCCCUCCCAAAGAAGAGCCUUAUGACUGGGAAGCCAAGAUAAAGAACGAGCGCUUCUUGUCCUCAACAAUCCUGGAGGAAGAAGAGACCAGCUAG